AUGGCCGUUAUAAAGAAAAAAGCAAGAAGAAGGGAAGGGGAAGAAGAUUCCAUGCCCCAUGAACAGCCGAAUGUUAGUGAGGAGGAGCCUAUCAAUGCCAUCCCUGUGAGACAAGUCUCUUUUGCCAAACCAACACCUGCACCAUUCACUAAACCCCAGACUCAAGCUUCUGUGAUGUUUAAGCCUGAACCACAACCUAUCCCUCAAUAUCAGUCCGACCCUCGAAUGACAAGGAGCAGAGCCAAGGGCCUGAUUCAUUUCAAGCCUAUAAAGCAACCAAAGGGGACUGUUUUUGAGGUAUCUGAUGAGAGUGACUCAUUACCUGAGAGUCCUGAGACUAACACCAAUACACCUGGAGCAUCACAAGCAGAGCAUACCUCAUUGACUAUGUUGGCAGAGGCUACAACCAUGAUGAACAAGCAGAGCAUGCCUUCAACAUUCACAGAAAGACUCCACGAAGGUUUAAAAGUUUCUGUACCCUUAACUAGAGAUUUAUUAUCUGGUUUCCCURUUUAUCCACAGGCUAGUGUUGGGUUCAUAAAAAGAUCUGUAGAUGAGGCAAUUGCAGCCUCUAAUGAAGCAUUAGGCUUAAGAUCAGAAAGAGGUGCACCCACCAUACCUAUGGUUCUGUCUUAG